AUGUUCAGAUAAGGACCAUAAAAAUAUUAAUAGUUCCAGGAUGAAUAGAGAGUGAUAUCAAAUAAACAAGAAUUUCCUCAAGAAGUGUAGGCUGGCGUUCUUGGAGGAAAAGAAGGCAAUUCUGAUUUUCCAUCAGAUCAGAUUCCUCCUGAUUUUAAUUUAGCUGAAUUACAUAGAGUAUUGUAAUAAAGUUUAAACAUAUAGGAAGCAUGGAAUGUUGGAACAACAAAAUUAUCAAAGAGUUAAUUGAGAAGUCUUCGUUUACAUUAGAAUACUCCAAAUAUUUCAGAAGAAGAAAAAUUAGUUGGAUAAAUAUGCAAAUGUUGUGCUCGUUAAGUUCCAAAAGAUAGAGUUAAAAUUGAUUGUAAUAACUAAGAUUAUUCGUUUCUUGGAGCAGGUAAUUAAAUGAUUCAUUUAGGUAUGCCUCUUUAUUUUGAAUACAUUAAGGCAUGUAUUCUAAUGUUAAUUGUAAUGUUUGUAACAUCAGGAGAUUAUAACAUUAUAACUAAUAUUGCCUUUGGUUAAUCAUGUUAAUCUUUGGAUAAGAGUAUUGGCUUUGAGAUAGAUGAGAAAGCAGUUUGUAUAUUUAAUUGGGUAACAGGAUUGUCAUUAGCAAACAAAAGAGAAGAUUAAGAAUUUAUUGAUUUGUAAUAAAUGCUCAAUUUAAUAUCUAUGUUGACUCUUAUCAUUUUGUUUCAAUAUUUUAGAAAAGAAUAAAGAGCUUUUGAUACUGAAAUAGAUUCAAAUACUUAUUAUGCAUCUGAUUAUACAAUAUUAUUGAAGAAUAUUCCAACUCAUACUGAGGGAUUAAAAAAUGAUGAUUUUGAUUAAGAUCUCAAAGAUUAUCUUGAAGUCUACAUUGAAAGAACAUAUGAAAAGCCAAUUGAAGUUUUAGAUUAUGAAGAAGAACUUAGAUAAUUUUUAUAAAGAAAUAAUAGACCAGAAAAGAAAUUAUCAAGAGUAGUGGCUGUUAAUUUAUGUUAUAAUAUAGAAGAACAAACAAUAUUAGAAUAGGAAAAGUAAAGUAAGAUAGCUCAAAAACAAAAGGUAUUUAUAAUAAUUAAUAUUAUUAGUUAUUACCUAGUUUGUAUGAUCAAGGUCUAUUACCAGGUAGUGAGGAUAUAAAUAAUAAUGAAUAAAUAAAGGAAAUUGAUAAUUAAAUAAUUGAAAUUGAAUAAAAAUUGGAAGCUUUAGAGAAAAGAUUUGUUGAAGGAAAAGAUGUUAAAUAAUAUUUCUUAGGAUAAGCAUUUGUUACAUUUAGAUGGGAGAGUGAUGUCUAAUGGAUGUUAAUUGAUCAUAGAUUAUCAUUAUGUUCUAGAAUACUUGGAAGAAAAAGUAAUUUAAUUUAUAGAGGUUCAUAAUUGUAAGUUGAAUAACCACCAGAACCAACAGAUGUAUUUUGGGAGAAUUUACAUAUCUAAACAUCUUAGAAAAUAUGGAGAAGAAUAUUAGGAUAUUUUCUUACUUUUAUUAUUUUGGGAGUUUGUGGUGGUUUAAUAUAUUGGUUAUCUGCUAUAUAAGCUUAGAGUGCUGAUGAAUAGGCCAAAGCAGUAAAAAAUGGAGAUUUAAAUCCUAAUUAUAAAGUUAAAGUGAUUGCAUAAUUGGCAUCCAUUUCAAUCAUUAUUAUUAAUUAUAUUUUAAGUAUUGUAAUUAGAAAAGUUUCAUUAUUUGAAAGAUUUUCUACACAAACAGGAUUCAAUAUUAGUUUAGCUAGUAAAUCUAGUUUAGCUUAAUUUGUAAAUACUGCUGUUAUUACAUUUGCAAUUAGUACUUGGGUUACUAAAAAUAUAUAUGGAACAGGAGGAUUGGUAUAUAAUUAAACAUAUGUAUUUAUAUCUAAUGCAAUUUUACCUGCUUUAAUACAACUUAUUGAUUCAUCUACUAUAAUGAAAUGGUUAUAUUAAUUUUUUGAAUUAAGAAAGGGUAAGGCUUCAGUUAAAACAUAGAAAUAACUUCAUGAGUAAUUCUUUAUAUAAAUUAUUUAGUUUAUUUGAGAGACCAGUAUUUGAUAUAUCUACAUCUUAUGCAACAGUUUUAAAGAAUAUGUAUGUUGUAGCAUUCUAUGCUUCAGUUAUUCCUAUUGGUUUAGUAAUUACAUGUUUUGCAUUACUCUUUUUUUAUUGGGUUGAAAAAUAUAAUAUUGCAAGAAGAAGAACAAUUAAAUAUAAUUAUUCUUCUGUAAUGUCAAGAGAAAUGAUUGAAUAAUUAGAAUAUGUCCUACCUAUUUAUUGUGUAAGAAUCUAUCAUUUUAUAAAUAGCUAACAAAUCUUUGGUGGGAAUAUGUAUUCUUGUAAUCAAUAUCAAUAGAAGCUAUAAUUGGAGUGUGUUUUGGAGUAGCCAAUGCCAUUUUGCCUAUGCAUGAAAUCAAUAAGUUAUUAUUUCGUAUGAAAGCUAAACCAAAUGAACAUCUACCUAUUAAUGAGGCUGAGGUUGGUUUCUUAACUGUAUUUAAUUACAUUAUUUCAUUAUAGGAUUAUUGUAGAGAAAAUCCUGCCACUGCUGAAACUGAAAGAGCUAGAUACUAAGAAAGAGUAACUAGACAUUAAAAGGAUAAAAUUGCUAUGGAUUAAAUGUUUGAAUAAUGA